AUGGAGCCGGGUGAACAGUCCAGCGGCAUGGCCCCGGACCGGGGUUUGAUAUCAGCAACCCCGAGACCGCGGCAGGAGCCCGGGACGGGAACCCAGGAGGGGGCUCCCGGCCCCGGUGCCGUUCGAGCCCGCCGCUUCCUGCUCUGCCUCUACCUGGUAGGCUUCCUGGAUUUGUUUGGUGUGAGCAUGGUUGUGCCUUUACUGAGCGUUCAUGUCAAGUCUCUUGGAGCAAGUCCAACAGUUGCUGGGAUAGUAGGCUCCUCCUAUGGCAUUUUGCAACUCUUUUCCAGCACGCUAGUGGGCUGCUGGAGUGACGUCGUCGGAAGACGGUCUUCCUUACUGGUGUGCAUCCUGUGCAGUGCCCUAGGUUACCUUAUGCUCGGAGCAUCUACCAACGUGUUCCUGUUCACCCUGGCUAGAGUCCCUGCAGGUAUAUUUAAGCACACACUCUCCAUCUCAAGGGCCCUGCUCGCUGAUCUGGUCACAGAGGAGGAACGGCCAGUGGUGCUGGGACAGUUCAACACGGCGUCCAGCAUGGGCUUCAUCUUGGGCCCAGUGGUCGGCGGGUAUCUGGCUGAGCUGGAUGGUGGGUUUUAUCUCACGGCCUUCGUCUGCUCUUCUGUCUUUGUUCUCAACGCUGGUCUCGUUUGGCUGUUUCCAUGGAGUGAAGUAAAACUCAGCAGUCCAGAGGAUGACUCGCCACGGGGUAGGAACCAGGCGCUUUGGGGAAAGACAGACUCUGCCAUGCAGAGGGCAGCCAGUGCCCAGGGGGCCCCAGCCAGCCCCCAGGGGACCCCAGUGAGCAAGGGGCCGGCCAGCCUGCCCUGGGCGGAGGUGCUGGCCACCCUGCGGGGCCUGAGGAGCCUGGUGCUCUCCGCCCUGUGGGUCGUGUUCGUGGUGCGCCUGCUGAUGGCUGUGGCCGUCAUGCUCUACUACAGUAACUUCGUCCUGGCCUUGGAGGAGCGCUUCGGCAUGGGGCCCCGGGCGGCCGGCUACCUCACCAGCUGCAGCAGCGCCCUGGGGGUCCUGGCUGGCUUCGCCCUGGGACCCCUCCUGCGGCUGUACGGCCGCCAGUCGUACCGGCUCCUGCGGCACUCCACUGUGCUCACGUCUGCGCUGCUGCUGCUCUUCGCCUCCGCACGCAGCCUGGACGUCGCGGUCGCCUGCUCCGUGCUCCUGUCCUUCUCCACCGCCAUCGGCAGGACCUGCAUCACCGACCUCCAGCUGACCGUGGGUGGGGUGCGGGCCGGCGGCAGCCUCCUGGGCAUGGGGCAGUCGGUGACAGCUGUGGGCCGGGUCCUCGCCCCCAUCCUCUCGGGGGUGGCCCAAGAGGUGAGCCCCUGCGGCCCUCCCGGCCUGGGGGCGGCCCUAGGCUUCGUGGCGGUUGUCAUCAUGUCACGAAACAGACCUCAGUCCAGCGGCCAAAGGGAUGAUGAAUUAAAAAGCAAGUAG